AUGGCUCUGAAAGCCUUCCUGUCAAGUCUCUUGCUGGCAGCCCCUCUGGCCCUGGCCCAUCCGGGCCACAAGGAGGAGGUGUACGCGCACGCUGCCCUUCCGCUGGAACGCAAGUCCCUGGCCCACUGCGAGGCGGAGUUCAACCAUCCCGAAUUCAUAAAGAAGACGGUCGAGAUCCAUGCACGAGAGCUGCAGCGGCUGCGGCGACAGCUGGGCAUUGAGGUCCCUGAGAAGCGGGACAUCAGUCCGCGGGACUACAUCUCGGUGUCUCGGAUCGACCACAAGAGCAACAAGACGGUCUCCAAAAACAUGGAUCUCAGUACCCUGUUCUCUGAUGCCGGCGCCUGCAUGCUGAUGCCCGCCGUCGACCAGGGUCCGCUGUACGUCCAAGGAGAGGAGAUUAGGAAGGACAUUACCGGGGGCGAAAAAGGCAUCAAGUUGACGCUGGUCAUCCAAGUCGUCGACUACCGGACGUGCCAGACGGUGCCUAACGCCUACGUCGACAUCUGGAGCUCCAACGCCACCGGCAUCUACGUCGGCGUCCAAGGCUACCCCGGCAUGGGCGACCCGAACGACUCCUCCAUCCUGAAAGGCACCACCCUCCGCGGGGUGCAACCAACCGACAGCCACGGCAUCGCCUCCUUCGACUCCCUCUUCCCCGGCCACUACCAGGGCCGAGCCACACACAUCCACGCCAUCGUCUACCUCGGCGCCACCAAGCAGGCGAACAACACCAUCACGGGCGGGCGCGCGGCACACAUCGGACAGCUCUAUUUCGACCAGGGCUUGAUCACAGCCGCGGAUAAGAUCGCACCGUACAGCUCCAACCGCAUGCCCAUCACGCAGAACACGGCCGAUUUUCUGUUCAUGCAGGGUGCUAAUGGAGAUGAUCCUAUUGUGCGGUAUGCGUUGGUGGGUAAGACGCUGGAUGAGGGCCUGUUUGCGUGGAUUAGGUUUGGGAUUAACCAGCAGGCCAACAAGCCGGUGAGUCCGGCGGCGUAUUGGACUGCGAAUGGGGGGGUUAUGAACCCGAAUGGGCCGGUUGCGAAGAUGAAUGGUGGUGGUGGGUUUCCUGGAGGUGGCUGGGGUGGGUUCCCGGGGUGGGGUGGUGGUAGGAAGAGGAGGGCUGCUGCUGCUGCUGAGAGGGAGGAGGAGGUGAGGGGUGAGGAGGAGGCUGAGUGA